AUGGACAAUGAUUGUGAUGACCAAGACUUGAACUCUAGUCCGGAAAUACGAAGAGGUUUAUGUAAAUCUGACAAUAACGAUUCCCUAUUUCGAGAUUUAUAUCAGUUUCCUCUUUCACCAGAUAUCAAGAACUCUACACUCAAUGCCGGUGAUGGCGUUAAUAUCACUGAUGUUUCCCAACUAAAGUUUAGUCCUAUAUAUUCACCGUCUUAUAAGAGUUCAUUGGUUGACAAUAGUGGCUUUGAUCUAGUAGACUCUAAUGACACUUCCUUUGACCAUCGCUCAAGUUUAUUUGAUAAUUCUGAUGAUACGACGUAUCAUAAUGUUUCGAAAUUGAAAAGAAUACCAGAGAUUUCCAUAAGCCAAGUUCCUGAGAGUGAACAGUCUCGAAAAAGUCUAACUGGUUUUAGUGAAAACGAUGAGAUUAAAAGGCAGUAUUCUUCUGAUAUACAAAAACAAGUAACCCCAAAUCUUCUGCUAAGGACUAAAAAUUUCAUGAAGAAACACCAUAGUUGCAUUGAUACCCCUCCAGCUCAUUGGAUAUCAGCACCAGUGGCCUUAACACCAAAUCGUGAUCUAGUUCACAGUUGUUCUUCCAUAGAGAAUGAAGUUUGUUUUCUGGUUAAUCAAGUACAGAGUACAGACUUUAUCACUUCAGUACAAUAUGCUCCGAAAUGUUAUAUAAAAUCACUUGAUUACGCACCUUCAUUUAGAACACCAUUUAAUGAGAUUGAUAACCCACCAAAACUACCGAAAUUCGAAGAUAACGUAACUGCUACAGUGAGUGAAGUGCGUACGUGGAUAAACAAAAUAAUUGACGACAGCUAG